CCUCUUCUCGCACGCCAUUCCAGCAUAUAACCCCACAAAUACUUUUCCGAGACCCAUUCGUGUCCUCAACGGCCUCGACUGGUUCGACCGUCACUUCUGUGAACAGCACAUACACCUUUGCAGCAGGCCUUGAGCCACCUACACAACACUUUUAACCAUGGAUCAGCAGCAGCAGCAGCAGCAGCAGCAAGGUCAGCAAGGGCCAAUGGGUCCUGCCGGCCGUCGUCUGCACAUUGCUCACCGCCGCAGCCCCUCUGAGCUAACACCGCUGAUGAUGGAACAGCUUGCUAUUGCACAGCAGAUUGAGGUCCUGCAGCAGCAGCAACAGCAGAUCGCCGCAACGCAUCAGCAGUAUGUGAACAUGGGCAUGAUCCAGCCACAGCAGCAGCUUGGCAACUUUCAGAUGCAGCCCGGUCAGAUGGCGAACCUGUCCCCCCAGGUGAACAACUACCAGUUCCCCCAGCAGAUGGGCCAGCAACACCUCGGUGUUCCCAUGCACGCUCCCGCCCAGCCCUCGGCCCACCGCCGCAACCAAUCCGCCCUGCCCAAUGUUGGUAUGGGCCCACCCCCAGCUCCCUCAUCCGGCGCAUCUGGCUUCAGUGAAUUUGGCCAGCAGGGCAACCAGGGCCGAGAGAACAUCAACCCUCGCGGCCGAGGUGGCGGUGCCGCUGGCUCGGGACACACAAGAAGACACUCUUUGGCACUUUCUGAUGCUAAGAAGGCGGCAGAGCUGGCAGAAUCGAAGAGAAAGACUUCAGGCUUCCAGUUCCCUCUGCCUUCUGCCGGCGGAAGCUCCAACCGUGACGCAAGUCCCGGUGGUGCCAGCUCCGGCGAGCAGCCUUCCGCUCGUGGCGGCCGCGGCGGCCAUGGACGCAGCCAGAGUAUGGCUGUUGGACGCGGCGGUGGCAGUGCUGGCCGCGGUGGGCCAGCCUUCUCCUUCCCACAAGUACCAGCCGACUCGAGCACGUCGAGCAACAACAACAACAACAACAACAACACCGCCCAAAGCGGUCAAUCUGACUUCCAGCGCCGUGGUAGCUCAGGCCACGGCCGAAGCGCAUCGCGCAACUUCGAGGGCAACUGGAGGCAGCCCCAGAACAACACCCCACAGCAGUCUACCCAGGAGAACCAGGCCCAGAACAUGGGCAACUUCAACAUGAACCAGACCGCCAAUGCCGCUCCUUUCCAGCCCGGACACCGUACUCGCGGUUCAGUUAACCAGUCUGUCGGCGCUCUCGGCAACUUCCAGUACCCAGGCCAGCCUCAGCUGGUCCAGCUACCCCAGGGACAGGUCCUCGUCCCACAACAGAUGCUCGGCCAGGGACUCAACCCUCUUCAGAUCGCCCACCUUCAGGCGUUGCAGGCGCAGCAAUUGCAGGGUGGAGGCUUUGGAGGCCUUGGUGUCAGCCAGCACGCCCAACCCCAGAUGGGCAUGCAGCAACAGCAGCAGCAGCGCAAGACUUUGUUCACCCCUUACCUUCCGCAGGCUACUUUGCCUGCACUACUCAGCGACGGCCAGCUUGUUGCCGGUAUUCUCCGUGUUAACAAGAAGAACCGAAGCGAUGCUUACGUCACUACCACUGACUUGGACGCCGACAUCUUCAUUUGCGGUAGCAAGGACAGGAACCGUGCUUUGGAGGGAGAUUUAGUCGCCAUUGAGCUUCUCGACGUCGAUGAAGUGUGGGGCCAGAAACGCGAGAAAGAAGAGAAGAAGAAGAGGAAGGACAAUGCGGACCCUCGCGGUGGUAGUAUCGCUGUGAACGACGCCACCACUCAGCCUGAGACGGCUGGCGAAGGUGGCAUCCGCCGGCGUGGAAGUCUGCGCCAGCGACCCACACAGAAGAAGAACGAUGAUGUAGAGGUUGAGGGUCAGAGCUUGCUUCUUAUGGAAGAGGAGGAGAUCAACGAUGAGCUGAAGCCUCUGUAUGCCGGUCACGUUGUCGCAGUUAUAGAGCGUGUUGCCGGACAGAUGUUCUCUGGUUCUCUCGGACUUCUGCGCCCUAGCAGUCAAGCCACAAAGGAGAAGCAAGAGGCUGAGCGCCAGGCUCGCGAGGGCAGCAACAGCCGUCCUCAACCCGAGCGCCAGGACAAGCCUAAGAUCGUGUGGUUCAAGCCUACCGACAAGCGUGUGCCUUUGAUCGCUAUCCCUACCGAGCAAGCACCUAGGGACUUCGUUGAGAAGCAUCAAGAUUACGCCGACCGCAUCUUUGUUGCAUGCAUCAAGCGAUGGCCCAUCACCUCGCUGCAUCCUUUCGGAACGCUCGUUGAGCAGCUUGGUGUCAUGGGUGACCCCAAGGUUGAGACUGAUGCUUUGCUGCGCGACAACAACUUCGGUCCUGAUGACUUCUCCGAUGCGGUCAUCAAGAACAUCGGUUUCGAGGACUGGUCGGUUGCUAACGACGGUGAGGAGGUUUUCGAGACACGCCGUGACCUUCGCAGCGAGGAGACCUUCACCAUCGAUCCUAACGGCAGCAAGGAACUUGACGAUGCCAUCCACUUCAAGUACCUCGACGAUGGCCGUGUUGAGAUUGGUGUGCACGUUGCUGAUGUCGCACACUUUAUCAAGCCGAACUCGCUUGUUGACCGCGAGGCCAAGAAGCGCGGAACCGGUGUUUACCUGAUGGACCGCUCCGUCAACAUGCUGCCACCGCGCUUGUCCAACGAGAUUUGCUGCCUGAGCCCCGGCGAGGACCGCUACACCGUCAGUGUUGUCUUCAAGGUCGACCCUAAGACUGGUCGUGUCUCAGACGACGAGACUUGGGUUGGCAAGUCUAUCAUCAAGAGCUCCGGCAAGCUGUCGUACGAUGAGGUCGACUUCGUUAUUAGCGGACGCGAUGGUGAGGUUACAGCGGCUCGUGCUAAGGACAUCAAGACGCUCCACCAGAUCACGCAACGAUUCCGCCAGGCUCGUUUCGGCGACCGUACCGCCGACAUCCAGCCUCUGCGCCUCAUGUACCAGCUCGAUGACGAGAACGUUCCUGUUGAGGCGAACAUCUUCGACUCUUCGCCGGCCCAUGAAUGCAUCGAGGAGCUCAGCCACCUUGCGAACAGCUUCGUUGCCAAAAAAAUCCUUGCUGGUCUACCAGAGAAGGCGCUCCUUCGUCGCCAGGCUCCUCCUAACCCCCGUCGUUUGACCACGAUUGCCGAGCGUAUGAGCGCAAUUGGCUACGACAUCGACACUGAGAGCAGUGGUACACUGCAGAACAGUCUGUUCCAGGUUGAGGAUAGCGACAUCCGCAAGGGUAUGGAGACGCUUGUCAUCAAGUCUAUGCCUCGCGCGAAGUACUUUGUGGCUGGCAAGGUUCCAGAGGACCAGUACGCUCACUACGCCCUUAACCUUCCGGUUUACACUCACUUCAUGAACCCAUCCCGUCGUUACGCCGACAUCGUUGUCCACCGCCAGUUGGAGGCUGCUCUUUCGAACGGUGCUAUCGAGUUCACCGAGGACAUUGAGGUGUUGGCCAAGACUGCCGAGAUGUGCAACACCAAGAAAGACUCCGCUCAUGCUGCUCAGGAGCAGAGUGUACACAUUGAGGCCUGUCGCAAGAUGGACAGGCUCAGCCAAGAGAUUGGCGGCGACCUAAUCGCUGAGGGUAUUGUCAUCUGUGUUUACGAGUCGGCCUUCGACGUUCUGAUCCCUGAAUGGGGCUUCGAGAAGCGUGUUCACUGCGAUCAGCUUCCUCUCAAGAAGGCUGAGUUUGACAAGAACAAGCGCCUUCUCGAGCUCUACUGGGAGAAGGGCGUUCCCUCUUCUGCUUUCGUUCCUGAGGAUGAGAGGCCGAAGCACGGUUCAUUCCGAGUAUCCAACGCCGCGGCUGCUGCGCGUCACGCUGAGGCGGCUAAGCAGCGUGCUAAGGAACAGGAAGAGGCUCAGCGUCGUCAGAUGGACACUGGAACAAUGUCGACCAAUGAGGUUGAUGCCUUGUUCGACGAUGAUGACGAUGAUUCGAGCGACCUGAACUCUACCAUGGCCGGCGUGUCAUUGAACCCAUCCGGUGCUGAUCGACCCACUCAGAGCAUGCCCCCUUCGCCAACCAGGGGACUCUCCGGCCAAGCACCACAGCGUACGAACUCGGACUCGAAGCUGUCGAAGAGUGCUAGCGAGGCACCCGAGGCCAAGCUGUCGAACAAGGAGAAGUACCUCAGCUGGUUUGCCCUGCGUGAGCAGAACGGCGACUACAUCCAGGAUGUGCGUGAGAUGACACGCGUACCUGUCAUCCUUAAGACGGAUCUGACCAAGAGUCCUCCUUGUUUGACCAUCCGAUCUUUGAACCCGUACGCUUUGUAAGCGCA